AUGGGUACUAAGAAAAACGGAAGUACUGAAAAAGCUCUUAGAGUGGAAGGCAGACUGGAUGGAAACAUGGAUGCUGAAACAGCGCAUAAGACAUGGGUUUUACAAAAUAAUGUUGAAACUGUUAGUAGUGUCGAUGAAAUAUACCGAUAUGACAAAAAGCAACAACAAGAUAUUCUUACCGCAAAGCCAUGGGAAAAAAAUCCACAUUAUUUCAAAUAUAUAAAAAUCUCUGCUUUGGCUCUCCUAAAGAUGGUCAUGCAUGCUCGCUCUGGUGGUAAUCUUGAGGUGAUGGGACUCUUACUUGGCAAAGUAGAUGGCAAUACAAUGCUUGUUAUGGACAGUUUUGCUGCUCCAGUUGAAGGCACUGAGACUAGAGUUAAUGCACAAGCACAGGCUUAUGAAUAUAUGGCAGCUUAUACAGAAUCUUCUAAACAGGUUGGUCGUCUUGAAAAUGUGAUUGGUUGGUAUCACAGUCAUCCUGGUUAUGGCUGCUGGCUCUCUGGAAUUGAUGUCAGUACCCAGAUGUUGAAUCAACAAUUUCAAGAACCAUUUGUUGCCAUUGUGGUGGAUCCUGUUCGAACUAUAUCUGCUGGUAAAGUAAAUAUGGGUGCAUUCCGUACUUAUCCUAAGGGUUAUAGACCAGCUGAUGAAGGUCCUUCUGAAUAUCAGUCAAUUCCUCUGAAUAAGAUUGAAGACUUUGGUGUACACUGUAAACAAUACUAUUCUCUAGAUGUAUCUUAUUUCAAGUCUUCAUUGGAUCGUAAGCUGUUAGAAUCUCUUUGGAACAAAUAUUGGGUUAAUACUCUUAGUUCAUCUAGCUUUCUUGCAAAUGCAGAAUAUACAACUGGUCAGAUCUUUGAUCUAUCAGAAAAACUUGAACAAUCUGAAGCUCAACUUGGUCGUAGUGGAUUUAUGUUAGGUAUGGAUGCUUUUGAAAAGAAAUCUGAAGAUAAGCUAUCAAAAGCAACCAAGGAUGGAUGUAAAACUACAAUUGAAGCCAUUCAUGGUUUGAUGUCACAAGUAAUUAAAGAUUGGUUAUUCAAUCAUGUUCAUGUUAGUAAAGAAAAAGGUGUCAACAAAGCAGCUGUUAAAGAGAAAGAAGAGCCAGCAGAUGUAACAAUGGCUGCAGUGGAUGAGAAAAUGUCUAUUUAG